AUGCUCCAACCCCACCUCACAACCCUCCUCACCGUCUUCCUCGCCCUCUCCCUUACCGCCUCUGCAAACAGCCACAAAAAGCCCCACCCGCCGCAGACAUGCGACAACACCUGCCUCCCCGCGAUGCGGGCAUGCACGCCUUCGUGCAAGGACUCCAAGCACGCGCGGCAUCCGAUUGCGUGCGCGAUUGCGUGCGAGUGCCAGGUCGCCAAGAACAUCGCCUUUUGUGGGGAGGGGUGCGCAUUUGAUUGUAAAGGGGAUUGGCCGGCGGGGGUGGGGGAGGGUGGUGAGUGGGAGGAGACGGAGGGGGUAGGGGGGGAGGCUGUUGGGGAGGCUGGAGAGGAGAGAUAG